GCACGACCACGUAAUAUAAUCACACUAAUCACUACCGGCGCAUAAAUUCACUUCUAGAAAGAGAGACAGAUAGAGGAGAGAGAGAGGUGAAGAUGAGUUUCAGCUGUGCAUCGAAGGCUGCUUCAAUUCUUGUUCUUCUCGUUUUUGCCACAUUAGUUUCGGCGAAGAAAUCGGGGGAUGUCACGGAGUUACAGAUCGGUGUGAAGCAUAAGCCAGCUUCUUGUGACAUUCAGGCUCACAAAGGCGAUAGAAUUAAAGUACACUACAGGGGAAAACUAACAGACGGAACUGUCUUUGAUUCCAGCUUUGAAAGGGGUGACCCGAUAGAGUUUGAGCUCGGUAGUGGUCAAGUGAUUAAAGGGUGGGACCAAGGACUGUUGGGUAUGUGUGUAGGAGAGAAGCGGAAGUUGAAGAUACCUGCAAAACUUGGUUAUGGUGCCCAGGGGUCCCCGCCAACCAUCCCAGGUGGUGCGACACUUAUCUUCGACACUGAGCUUGUUGCGGUGAAUGGCAAACCAUCAAGUAAAGGGGAAACAGAGGAUAGCGAGCUGUAGUCAGAGGACGACGAUGUUGAAGAUUUUUCCUGGUAGUUUAGUUUCGGGAAUGCCAAAAUAUUGGCAUGGCACCUGGUCAAUAUAGACUGGAUGUUUAUUUGGGUUUCAUUUUGUAGUUUAAGAUACAGAAUUGGUCUACAGCCAUGCCUAACGUUCUUGGACAUGGCUGGAGUGCAGGAUUUAUUAUUAUUUUUUCCCCCAAAUCAGGGCUCAACCGAAAUAGCUGGGUUGUACGGAUAAAUCAAUUAUUGCCAAAAGAGAUUGCAUGUUGCUUUUGAACAUUCACUUGCAGAAAAGAAGAGGGAUGGUAUGCCUCACUAAGGCAUCUUUUGAGACCAA